AUGCCUUAAUCAAUUCUUACUAAAAAGAAAAAGAAAUAAAAAAAAUCUAAAGUUUCAUCUGUCAAAGAGAAGUCUGUUCGAUUCGCAGAUAAUAUUAGCCAAAAAGAGAAAAAUAUCAAAUAAGCAUAAAAAAUAAAAUUUGACACUGAUAACAACGAAUUUCUAAAAGAAACUUUGUAAAAUGAAGAGUUAGACGAGCUAGAAGAUGAAGAUGAAACUAUCAAACUCAAUGAAGAGAACACUCAAAUAGAGGAUGCUGAUUAGUAAGAUGAUAUAGAUGAAAACGAAGAUGAAGAUGAUAAUGAAGAAAGUUAAAAUGAAAAUGAUGAAGAAGAGGAAGAGGAAGAGGAAGAGGAAGAGGAAGAGGAAGAGGAAGAGGAAGAGGAAGAGGAAAAUGAAGAAGAUGAUAUUGAAGGUGAAAAUGGAGAAGAGGAAGAGGAAGAAGAGGAAGAAGAAGAAUAAGAGGAAGAAGAGGAUGAAGAAGAGUAAGAGGAGGAAGAUUAAGAAGAAGAGUAAGAGGAUGAAGAUUAAGAAGAAGAGUAAGAGGAUGAAGAUGCUAAUGAUGACUUAGAUGAGGAUGAUUAAGAAGAGGAUAUUGAAGAAAACGAAAACUCUAAUGAAGAAAUAGAUAUAUCUCAUAAAGAAGAUUAUGAGAACUAAAAAAUAUUAUAGAGAUUAAAAGAAAAAGCUCUUCAGAAAAAGUUUUGA